AUGGUCAUCGUUGACAAAAAGGGUGAAGAACUGACCUUGCCUGACCCCGAGGACCCCGUGAGACUCCGUGCGGAGGCCAAAAACGCCCUGAAUACCGGUGUUCUCUCGAGGGAGAUGGACCCAUCAAAAACAACAGAAGGGGCUUUCAACGCUAUCAUAGCUUUCAACUACAGCAUUGUCGGAUUUACCAUCGAUAUCAACCUGAUGAGUAAAAAAACAUGCGUUACGCUUGGAAAGUUUGGUCCAAACUCUUUCCCUACAGAGGAAGAUUUCGAUAUCCGUGUUGAGACCAAGGGACUCAGUAGGGUUAAAAUGUACCGACCAGAUGACCUAGUUCACACAUUUAGCGACCAGACGUUACAGAUUGCCCACACCUACAAGGAAGAAGGGGAGGCCUUGGCGAAUCCAAUCCUUAUGGUCGUCAAAUGUGAAGAUGGUGAUUUAGGUCGCCGAAAACGUGCAGCUGGCCCGACAACGCUGGCACCCCCGGGAUUGGUCACGCCUCACCAGUAUAGUAUCGUGGAAGUAGACCUAAGGAGGUUCGAUCCAGAUACGGCCUUGUGGGUAGUCAGUGACGACAUUAAGCUCUCCUCUGGAUCCGGGACUAACAUAGCUUAUAAGAGCAACUUUUUUGGGACAUUCUCGGCCGACAUAAUGUUCGUGGCACCAGAUACAAUUGAUUUCGCUUCUAUCUUCCUGAACUUCUCGGAGAGGUUGAAGGAAACACCUCACGCGCUGGCUUGUAUCUGUGGUAUCUGGGUAAUCGUCGUCAUCAUCGCCAUCCCCUUACGUCGACUGGACAAGAGCGACGCAGUGCUGUGGAGUUAUCUGCCCUUAGAGGACAAUUUGCCGGGUGCUGAGCAUAAGUACUACAUAGCCGUGUCAACCGCCAUUCGAUCAUCGAGACACCUGUCCUCCACCGUGUAUAUAAAAGUUGUUGGAGAUAAAGGAGAAACGGGUAUCCGACAACUAACGGACGGAAUAAGAAAGAAUUUCGGAAGAGGAACGACGUCCCAUUUUGUGAUGAGGACCACUACUCAACUCGGACAUUUGAAGAACGUGGUGGUGUGGCACAAUAGCACGGGACCUUCAGCCGGCUGGCUGCUCAGCAAAAUCAUAUGUAUUCGUCUGUGGAAAAUGGCUAUCACUUGGUGGCGAAGACGGGAAAACGUGGAAGAAAAUGGACGCGCUUGA